ACUUUAUUUGGACAUAGUUUAACUACAACCAGAAGAAGUUAGCGCAAUCAACCAAACCAAACAUCUACUCCUACUACCCAAGUGGGACCCCCACUCAGCAGCCGUGGCCCACCUCACCUGAAAAUCGCUCCGCCGAUUCCGAACCUCAGUUCAGGUGACAUCUCAUCGCCGCCGGCCUAGAUCGGAAUCGACGGCGUCAUCCGUCGUAAUUCCUCUUUUUUUAUAGGUCGUCCUCGAAAUCGUGGAUUCAAUUGCGCCGUUGAAUUAAUUGCGAGCCAAAUGAAUCUGAGCCAGGGAGCGGUGCAUCCAGUGGAGGCGCCGCCGCUGCAGACGGAGGGUGCGGGGAACGUGCCGCUGCCGCGCGUGCGGAUGAAGGAUCUCCAAGGCAUGCCGGGGACGGUCGGCGGUCUGGUGUUGCGCGUCUGUCAGUUUCUGUUCGCGGCGGUGGCGCUCGCCGUUAUGGCAACCACCAGUGACUUCCCGUCGGUCACCGCCUUCUGCUACCUUGUUGCUGCUACUGGUUUGCAAAGCAUAUGGAGCAUUUUAUUAGGAAUUACUGAUGCUUAUGCACUUCUUGUGGGACGCCGUUUGCAGAAUCCUCAAGCUGUUAGGUUAUUUGCUGUUGGUGAUGGGGUUACUUCUAACCUAACGUUUGCUGCAGCAUGUGCAUCAGCAGGCAUUACUGUUCUGAUUGGGAACGAUCUGGCCGCCUGUAGUAAAAAUCAUUGCACAGAAUUUGAAACUGCUACUGCUAUGGCCUUCCUCAGUUGGUUUGCCGCAUUGCCUUCUUUCUUGUUAAAUUUUUGGUCAUUGGCAUCCAGAUGAAAAUAACUAAUAUCCUGUGAUCACAGACAUAAAUUUUGUGUUGAAGAACUCUAUCAUGUGUAGUAAUAGUGAUAUUUCUCUUCUUCAUUCUCCAGUUCAAUGUAAUCAAUCAGUCAUGCUGUGUGUGAUUAUUAAUGUGUACAGUACAACUCCAAAACCAGUGCUCUCUUGUAUAUAAACAGUGCUAGUUGAAUGCUA